UGUCUUGGAUUUGGCACUGACGUACGAGUAGCAUCAUAACCGUGGCACAAGCGAUCAUUCUACAACCUUUUGUUCUCCUCCCAGGUUUGGACCCACCACCAUAUCUGUGAGGAUGGGGCGACUGGAUCUAAUGGGCUUGCGGGCUUCCAUAGAGCCUCUUGAGAAUGGGCUGCGGUCCCUCAGCCUCCUGUCAGAGAUGCUCCUCCAUGUAGAUGCAGACGCUGUCUUUCCUGGAGGUCCGAUCUUUGAUGGCUUCAGGCGAGCGAUUCAGGAAAUGGAGAAACACUUCAAAGAGUCAGAGCACAUAGCCACUGUGGAGCUACAUCGUCUAGAUGAAGAGACCGAGCGUCUCACUGCAGAUCAAAGUGAUUUAGAGAAAAAGAAAAAGGAGCAAGACGCUAAGUUGGGAGAUCUGAAAAUGUGCCUGGACUCAUAUGAGUCGUCUUUAAAGAGUUACAGUGAAGCUCGAGAGACGGAGCAGAGAAACCUGAACUCUGCAGAGGAGACAUUGAAGAAACUGGAGGGCAACAAAAAUUAUGCACAAACAAUUAGGGAUGUUGGGAUUGGCCUUCUUGCCAUACCAUUUUUCGGAUGGAUCAGUGGGGGAAUCAUGGUUGGUGUUGGCCAAACCGACUUAAACACAGCCCACAAAGCUCGUCAGGAGGUGGAGAAAUGUGACUCCCAAGUGAAGGUCUACAGUCAAAAUGUGUCUGACUGCAAAGAAUCAAUCGCCAAAACUCAGGCAGAAAUCAAAGAGGUCAGCAGCAGAAUUAGUGAGAUGGAGGCAGAACUGAAGGCCGUGACUGUGGAACGGGAAACUGUAGCAGACAUUCAGAGUCAAACUAGAAAAGCCGUCCACCAUCUGGGGCUCCUGUCUGGGGUGGGGAAUGCAGCUGAGCUACAGAGCAGAAAUCAUAUUCUGAUGGAAACCACGAUGAAGGUGAUGAACGAACUGACCCCAGUGUUGACCCAGAUCACAGGAAGUGCCCUGCUGCCCUCUGAGGGCUUAAAAAGCAUAAUGGAGGAUAUGAAUACCAACCAGAGAAAGCUAAAAGCAAAUCUGAGUGACGGAGAUGAGAAUUAUUACUGAUAUGUGUUUCUUUGGACAGCAUGAGGUGAGACCAUCACCAGAACAAAAAAAAGACUAAAAAAUUAAAUAAAUAAUGAUACAUACAUAAUCAAUAUAAAUAAAGUUUAGCAUAAAUACAAAGGGGGUUUAUACAAACAUAGACCUUGUCAGAAGAUCAAAGUUGUAAAGUAACACACAGGAGGCUCUCGGCUCUUAUCUGAUCGCUCAGCACCUGCAUGACAAGUAAAAAUAUAUUUAAAAAAAAAAGACAAAACAUCUUCCUGAUUAGUUAAAUAGCUAUCGUUUAAUCAUAAAUACGUUUCUCUCUGUCACAACUCUCUGUACUCAUACAGCUAAGCGCAAAUUAGAAAAAAAAGAUUAAAAAUAAAAAAAUGCAAAAUCUGUUGAUAAUUAAUCUUUAUAUCAUAUUAAUCUUGUAUAACUAUUAAUAUCAUAUUGGAUGCAUAUAUUUCUCAGACCCCUAUUGAUCCAAACUGUAAAUAACUUUAUCGGUUCUGUCCUCUAGGUUAUCAUCCUCCUACUAGAGGCAGUAGAAGGGCUUUUCUCAAUCAGUUCAAAAUGUCUUCUUCCAUGAAAUCUUAAAAACACUUAAACAUACUUAAACAUGAUGAGAAUAUCUCAUCUUUUGUCAUUAUUUUUUUUCAGACAACUACUUGCUGUAUUGAAAUAAUGCUAAAUUAUAAUUAUAAUACAGUUACACCAUGUUAAAGACGUACGUAUAAAAUUUGAAACACUAUGUAAUAAAGGUGAUUUCUAGACCUGGAACUGUAAAAAUAAUAAUAAUAAAAAAAAACUAAUACUGAUGAAACGAAAUGUUUUUUACUUUUGUGCAGUCUUGUUGUAACUUUCAAACCUAUCUAUGUAUAUUUCCAUGUGCAUGUUGGUUUAAUUGUUUUAGAACCACAGUGACCUUUGUUUUUCACCUGCAGCAGUUGGAAUAAAAGUUAUAAUCGCACAUAAUGUGUUUGUCUGAUGAAACUGAACUGUGACGAGCAGGUACGUUUUAUGACAUUUUUAGGUAAAAUCGAAAGACUUUUCUAAGACAUUUCUACAGAACGUUGUAAAUUUACCUCUGAGUUGUGGGCGGGAUUAUUGGCGGGACAUGAGCCUGCGCUAAUUUCCCAUCAUCCAUCUGUUUGCAUGCUCUCAAUGGCCUCUUCCACCCCCAACCAAACAGCAAAAAAGGCGAAGAAUAUUGGAGCCAAAGCCCUUUCCCUUUUAAAAACACCUCAAGGUCUAAACGAAAGAAAAAA